CGCCCUUAAUCACCUGAUUAUCCCCCGUCCUCCAUAUAACCUGCACUGAUUUCAAUACAUUAGCAUAUUUUGUGAUGUAGUAAAAUUAUUUUUUGGACUAAAGCGGGAUUUAUUGAGUCAGAUUAAAAAAAAAAAAAAAAAAACAACAACCCGGGUCUCUGUGCGAACACACAUCCAAAACAAAAGGAUGAACGGAAACCGGAGCUGGAGGAAACAUUCCGCUUCUCUUUUUAUCAUCACUCGACGCUUCCCUCCGCACGCGCACAUACGGGCUCUUCAUAUUAUAGAGUGAGUUUCUUUAUUUCUUUCUUAUUUUCUCCACCCGGUGGGCGGAAACGAUACGGUUGCGGUCUUUAAAACCAACGCAGACGGACGUUCGGUAAUGUGAAAAAAAAACAAAAAAAAACAACAACAACCACGGCAUCGUUUAGUGUCGUCUUCUCGUCUCAGCUGACGCCUUUAAACGUGCGCGAGCGCGAGCGCGGAGGCGGAUUCCCCGCGCGCGCAAGCGAAGGAGGCCAGAGAAAUAAAGAGAGGAUACUCGCGCGCUGCACAAUUUAACGGGAGGGGAAAAAAAUGCGAAUGUUUUCUCGGUGAUUGUUUUUUUUUUUUUUUUUUUUGAGGAUUUUUUCUUUGCACACGCACGCGCCUCUUACGGUAACUGCUUGAAUGUUUCACUUUGAGACCACAACAUGGACCACCAGGACCUUAACUGAUCAGGUUGAUCAACGUUCCUCAUCAUUGCCUUUCUUGACUCAGUGGCCUGUCGCAGAACUUUUAACAGAUUCUUUUAACAAUGACGUCUGGACCGUUCCUAAAGCUCAUCAUUUCCAUUGGUUCUGACAUUUCAUGAAGCAACUAAAUAUGGCUGAACUUGGAGGACUUGGAUCAACAUUUCCACUGGCAAUCCUCUGAAUGAGGGUUUAAUAAGUCCUCGUCUCUGUCCGAUUGAAUGUUUCCUUUCAAAUGCUGUGAGGUCAAAGGAGAAAGCGGAGGUGUCUUGGUGUUUCUUAAGUGGACACUGCCUGUAGAGACAGUGGAGGACUUUAAGAGGGUUUGUUGGCCCUUGUUGGGUCACAUCCCAAUUCUUUCCUCAGGCCUUUUAGGCCUUUCUUUCUUCAUUCCCCUGUCUCCCCAACUUCCACCAUUCGCCCCUCACUGGCCACAGCUGUCCUCCCUCCCCGUUCCCGCCCCCACCAACCCAUCCCUUCUCCCCACCCUACCCCUAGCCACCCCACCCCCCACCCUUCCAUGGCCACCAGCACAGCUCGAGAGCACCUUCUUGUGGUGCGAAGGCGCAGCCCACACAUGCGCUACACACUGGGACCGGAAAACCUGCGCGGAAGUGGUAGCGGUGGACCAUCCAGAGGAGGUGCUGCAGCCGAGACAGUGGGUCUACAACGGGCCAACAGUGAUACAGACCUGGUCACGUCAGACAGCCGCUCCUCCCUUACUGCAUCCACCUAUCAGUUCACCCUGGGAAGAGGACAGAACCUCGUCAUCUCCUGGGACAUCAAGGAGGAGGUGGAUGCCACCGACUGGAUCGGGCUUUACCACAUUGAUGAGACAUGUCCGGCUAAUGUGUGGGACUCGAAGAACCGUGGUGUCAAUGGCACGCAGAGGGGACAGAUCGUCUGGAGGCUGGAGUCUGGGCCUUAUUUCAUGGAACCUGAGACCAAAAUCUGCUUCAAGUAUUACCAUGGAGUGAGUGGAGCUUUAAGAGCGACGACGCCCUGCAUCACCGUAAAGAACCCUGGCGUGCUGGCUGGAACAGAAGGACAAGUGGACGGCCAGUCUGUGACCGAGCAUUGCCGAAAACUCGUCAGCUUCACAUUAUCAGAUAUCAGAGCUCAGGGCCUUAAGAAAGGCAUGUUCUUCAAUCCGGACCCGUAUCUGAAGAUGAGCAUCCAGCCUGGAAAACGUAGCGGCUUCCCUGCCUUCACACACCAUGGACAAGAGAGACGAGCUUCUAUCAUCUCCAACACCACCAACCCUGUGUGGCAUGGAGAGAAAUACACCUUCGUCGCACUCAUGACUGAUGUAUUGGAGAUUGUGGUGAAGGACAAAUUUGCGAAAAGUCGGCCAAUCAUCAAGCGCUUUUUGGGUCAGCUGACCAUACCUGUGCAGAGGCUUCUGGAGAGGCAUGCAGCGGGGGAUCAGCCUGUAAGCUAUACAUUGUGUCGCCGUUUGCCCACAGACCAUGUGAGUGGUCAGCUUCAGUUCAGGGUGGAGAUCACAUCUACUGGACACGAGGAUGUUAUGGGCUCACUCCUGGGGGCCUCCUCUGUGAACGGAGACCCGGGAAGUCCCUCUGAUGACGAGGACGUGGUCCCUCCGUCCUCCCGCAUCCCCAGGACUGCAUCUCCAACCUGCUCUGAGGGCUCUCUCCACAACGAAACCUUUAGGACUGAUGACGGUCCAUUUGAACCUGAUGAAGAGCGCAACCUAAGGGACAUAGUCGUUGAUUCAGGACACACCCAGAGGCAGACCUCUCUCAAUGAUUAUCUGGACACCAUUGAGGCUCCGAAUGGUCCUGGAGAUCGACCUCUGGGUGCGGCAUCACCCAAACUGCGUUCUAGCUUCCCCACUGACACGCGGCUUAACACCAUGCUGCACAUCGACUCGGAUGAAGACGAGGAAUCGCACAUUUCUCAGGGGAUGGCUAAUGGAGCGUCUGAACAGGAGCAGAGGGAGGUGUCUAAGACAGAGGGGGAGGGGAGUCCCACUGCUAGUGAAGAUGCAACGGCUUCACAGUCGGGUAGCAGUACUGCGAAGACCCAAAACGGCGGAGCAGAAGGGGGCCAGGAGGGGGCAGCAGCUAGUGCAUCCACCCAAUCCCAGUCUGCAUCCCUGAAUCCUGCAGCUCAAGAUAAAGAUGCUACUACCACUGAGAGCACGAGCGAGGCUGUCUUUGUAGCGAGCGAAGCCACCGUUUCCGAAGCCUCCACAUCUAGCUCUGGUAUAGCUAGUGCAGAGGGUGGAGCUUCUGCAGGCGACCAACCAGAGCCUGCCGUCUCUCAGGAACAGCCAAACGAAGCCAAUGGGCAGGAGGAAAAUGAGGAGGUGUGGAGGAGGAGGCAGAGCUUAUUAGCAUCAGGGGAGGAGUCACAGGCAGAAGGGGCCGAGUCCUCAGGAACACAGAGAACUGAUUCAGCGGAAACAGAUGGAGAGUUGGGAGCCAGCGUUCAGGUGAACGGUCAUCAGCCUGUCCGCUCUCUUCCAGCUGUACGGCAUGACAUCAGCCGCUACCAAAGAGUGGACGAACCGCUACCACCAAACUGGGAGGCCCGCAUCGACAGCCAUGGGAGAAUCUUUUACGUGGAUCACGUGAACAGAACCACCACCUGGCAGCGACCCACAGCUCCGGCUGCUCCUCAGGUCCUGCAGAGAUCCAAUUCCAUCCAGCAGAUGGAGCAGCUGAACCGCCGGUAUCAGAGCAUCAGGAGAACAAUAACUAAUGAACGCACAGAGGAGCAAGCAGCGGAGAUGCCCUCAGAUGAGACAGACCUGAUGCAUCACACCAUUCCUGAGUACCGCAGGGAUGUCGCAGUUGGAGCUACUAACUACUGCUCACGUCUCUCAUUGCUGCUGCAGUCUCCCAGCGCCAAAUUUCUCACCAGCCCCGACUUCUUCAGUGUGCUUCACUCCAACCCCAGUGCCUACCGCAUGUUUACGAGUAACACGUGUCUGAAGCACAUGAUCAGCAAGGUGCGGCGUGACGCACACCACUUCGAACGUUACCAGCACAACCGUGACCUGGUGACCUUCCUCAACCUUUUUGCCAACAAGCAGCUGGAGCUGCCGCGUGGCUGGGAAAUGAAACACGACCACACCGGAAAGCCGUUUUUUGUGGACCAUAACUGCCGCGCCACCACCUUCAUAGACCCGAGGUUGCCUCUGCAAAGUGCUCGGCCCAGCGGAUUGCUUGCUCACCGGCAGCACCUGAGCCGACAGCGCAGCCACAGCGCCGGGGAGGUGGUUGAUGAUUCACGUCACGCCGGUCCUACUGUCCUGCCCCGGCCCUCUAACACCUUCAGUGCUGCCGGACGCAAUCAGUGUCAGGACCUCGUACCUGUUGCAUACAACGAUAAGAUUGUGGCCUUUUUAAGGCAGCCAAACAUAUUCGAGAUCCUGCAGGAGAGACAGCCCGAGUUCAGUAGAAAUCACUCACUCAGGGAGAAGGUGCAGUUUAUCCGAAACGAGGGCGCGGCCGGCUUGGUGCGGCUCUCCAGCGAUGCGGAUUUGGUCAUCUUGCUCAGCCUGUUUGAAGAGGAAGUGAUGUCGUACGUGCCCCCCCAUGCCUUAUUGCAUCCCAGCUACUGUCAGUCUCCACGGGGUUCUCCGGUUUCUUCCCCGCAGAACUCGCCUGGCACACAACGAGCCAACGCCCGUGCCCCUGCUCCGUACAAGCGAGACUUUGAAGCCAAACUCCGCAAUUUCUACCGCAAGCUUGAGACCAAAGGCUACGGUCAGGGACCGGGGAAAGUCAAACUGAUCAUGCGCAGAGACCACUUGCUGGAAGAUGCCUUCAACCAGAUCAUGUGUUACUCCAGAAAGGACUUGCAGCGAAGUAAACUUUACGUCAGCUUCGUCGGCGAGGAGGGGCUGGACUACAGCGGCCCUUCGAGAGAGUUCUUCUUCCUGGUGUCACGCGAGCUCUUUAACCCCUACUACGGCCUGUUCGAGUACUCGGCUAAUGACACCUACACCGUCCAGAUCAGCCCCAUGUCUGCCUUCGUCGACAAUCAUCACGAAUGGUUUCGGUUCAGUGGCCGCAUCCUCGGCCUGGCUCUUAUCCAUCAGUACCUGCUUGAUGCCUUUUUCACACGACCUUUCUACAAGGGGCUACUGCGGAUUCCAUGUGAUCUCAGUGAUUUAGAAUAUCUGGAUGAAGAAUUCCACCAGAGCUUGCAGUGGAUGAAGGACAACGACAUCGAGGACAUGCUGGACCUCACCUUCACUGUUAACGAGGAGGUGUUCGGACAGAUCACCGAGCGAGAGCUAAAGCCUGGCGGCGCAAACAUCCCCGUUUCAGAGAAGAACAAGAAGGAGUACAUCGAACGCAUGGUGAAGUGGAGGAUAGAGAGAGGAGUUGUUCAGCAGACCGAGAGCUUGGUGCGAGGCUUCUACGAGGUGGUGGACGCUCGGCUUGUAUCGGUUUUUGACGCUCGGGAGCUGGAGCUGGUGAUAGCUGGCACAGCGGAGAUCGAUCUAAGUGACUGGAGGAACAACACGGAAUAUCGUGGAGGUUACCAUGACAACCACAUUGUAAUCCGCUGGUUCUGGGCAGCGGUGGAGAGAUUCAAUAAUGAACAGAGGCUGAGGUUGCUUCAGUUUGUAACAGGCACCUCCAGUAUUCCCUACGAAGGUUUUGCCUCACUCAGGGGUAGCAACGGCCCUCGCCGCUUCUGUGUGGAAAAGUGGGGCAAGAUCACGUCUUUACCCAGAGCUCACACGUGUUUUAAUCGCCUCGACCUGCCACCGUACCCCUCCUUCUCCAUGCUGUACGAGAAAAUGCUGACCGCAGUAGAGGAGACCAGCACCUUCGGUUUGGAGUGAACUCUGACCUGCGCGAUUCUUCUUUGGAAAUCUCCAAAGAAAACAACCUGUUAGCAAACGCACUUUCCAAUCCAUCUCCGUGCACCAAUCAGCAACCAGUGUAGUUAAUCCUCCCGUCCAGCUGGGAGCGAGAGCAGGGCAUUGCACCUGGGAUUGAAGGAACUGGAUAGAGGAAGCGGUGAGUGAGGUGUAGCUCACUCAAAAGGAUGUCGCGUCGAGUCUCGAGGCGGUUGGGUCCUACUGUGUCCGUCACAUGUCUAAAACUGGACCAGAAAUGCGACUCCGGAACAAUUUUUCAUGCAGAAUCCGAGGUCGAGAGAUCCGAGAACGUCCUUCUGCAAAAAGUCUUUUUAUAAUCAACCACAACAAUGACACUUACACCGUAUACCAGUGCUUUCUUAUAUCACACACACACUUAAACUGAAUGCACUGUUUGAAAUGUAUACACUUUAACAUAUUUCUAUAGUUAAUUACGUUUAAACGCCUUCAUUAGGUCACUCGAGCAGGCAUGACGCAGUAAGUCCGGGACACGAACACUUCCUCUUGGACAUGUGUUAGACAGACGAGCAGCUUAGAGGGAGUAGGAUUACACCUUCGGCUGAAUACGAAGUAGAAGAGCUGGUCGUUUUUUGUUUUUUUUCUAUUCCAAAAUACGGAAGCUUUAGAUGAGGCGUCUCCGACUGAUGAACAGCUUCACGCCGUAGCCGCUUGCGCUCACGUUCCCCCGGAUUCUUAUUAACACUGCCGUAAUCUGUGCGCAUUGUACGCUCGCGGCUUUUAACGAAUGUUACUUUGUUUUCUUUUUUAGUAAAACACAAUUGUCUGUAAAGUAAAAAAAAAUAAAAAAUAAUUAACUGGAAAUAAUCAUCAUCAUCAUCAGUUCACUCCAGUCCUCGCUUUUUCUCAUUCUGUUCCAUUAUUUAUGCUACUUUAAUUGCACUGAAUGUACCAAAGGUUCAGGGAUCAGUGUGGGCCGUCCUGAAGUCCCCACCCCCUUCACUUCUUGAUUUUUUUUUUCAUAGUGGUCUUGUCUGUUUUUGCACUCAUCUGAAAGUAAAAAGAAAACGUUGAUUA